AUGGCAGCCGUCUCGUCGACCUUCAAAGCCGCUGCUGCGGGCAUUGCAACAGAGACGCGACUAGCGGCACCCGUAGCGUCCAGUGCGCGCUCAGUCGGCCUGCCCAAGUCCUCCUUCUCUGGCAACUCGCUCAAGGCCACCACCUCCUCCCCUCAACAUGCCGCCAGGUCCUCGCGCCGCUCGCGCGCGACGCCCCGCGCACAGGGGAACAUCGAGGGCAAGCCGACGGUGCUGGUGGCGGAGAAGCUGGGCAGCGCGGGGAUCGACCUGCUGAAGAAGAUCGCGAACGUGGACUGCUCGUACAACCUCACGCCGGAGGAGCUGUGCGCCAAGAUCUCGCUGUGCGACGCGCUCAUCGUGCGCAGCGGAACCAAGGUGACCCGCGAGGUGUUCGAGGCGUCGAACGGGCGGCUCAAGGUGGUGGGGCGCGCGGGCGUGGGCAUCGACAACGUGGACCUGCACGCCGCCACGGAGGCGGGCUGCCUCGUCGUCAACGCGCCCACCGCCAACACCGUCGCUGCCGCGGAGCACGGCAUCGCGCUGCUCACCGCCAUGUCGCGCAACAUCGCGCAGGCCGACGCGUCCAUGAAGCGAGGCGAGUGGAAGCGCAGCAAGUACAUCGGCACGUCGCUGGUGGACAAGACGCUGGCCGUGCUGGGCUUCGGCAAGGUGGGCUCGGAGGUGGCGCGCCGGGCCAAGGGGCUGGGCAUGCACGUGAUCGCGCACGACCCGUACGCGCCGGCGGACAGGGCGCUCGCCAUGGGCGUGGAGCUGGUGUCGCUGGACGACGCGCUGCAGCGCGCCGACUUCAUCUCGCUGCACAUGCCGCUCACGCCCGCCACGGACAAGCUGCUCAACGACGACGCCUUCGCCAAGGCCAAGCGCGGCGUGCGCAUCGUCAACGUCGCGCGCGGCGGGGUCAUCGACGAGGACGCGCUCGUGCGCGCGCUCGACAACGGCCAGGUGGCGCAGGCGGCGCUUGACGUGUUCACGGAGGAGCCCCCCGCGGCGGACAGCGCGCUCGUGGUGCACCCCAACGUCAUCGCCACGCCGCACCUGGGCGCCAGCACCACCGAGGCGCAGGAGGGCGUGGCGGUGGAGAUCGCGGAGGCCGUGGUGGGCGCGCUGAUGGGCGAACUGGCGUCCACCGCCGUCAACGCGCCCAUGGUGCCCGCCGAGGUGCUGGAGGAGCUGGCGCCGUAUGUGGAGCUGGCGGAGAAGCUGGGGCGCCUGGCGGUGCAGCUGGUGAGUGGCGGCGCGGGCGUGAAGGACGUGAAGGUGACGUACCGCACGGGGCGCAGCAGCGAGGACCUGGACACGCGGCUGCUGCGCGCCAUGAUCGCCAAGGGGCUCAUCGAGCCCAUCUCCAACGCGUUCAUCAACCUGGUCAACGCCGACUACGUGGCGAAGCAGCGCGGCAUCCGCAUCCGCGAGGAGCGGCAGCCCGUGGACGUGGACGAGUCGGUGCCCGUGGACACCAUCGUGCUCGAGAUCACCCACGUCAGCUCCAAGCUGGCGUCCGCUGUGAGCGAGGAGGGCACCAUCACGCUGGGCGGCAAGGUGAAGGACGGCGUGCCGCACCUGAUCCAGGUGGGGCGGUUCAGCACGGACAUCGAGCUGGAGGGCAGCCUGCUGCUGUGCCGCCAGGUGGACCAGCCGGGCAUGAUCGGCACUGUGGGCAUGCUGCUGGGGUCGCACGACGUCAACAUCUCCUUCAUGAGUGUGGGUCGCACGGGCCCCAGGAAGCAAGCACUCAUGGCCAUCGGUGUGGACGAGGAGCCCAGCCGCGAGGUGCUCAGAGACAUCAACUCCAUCCCUGCCCUCGAGGAAAUGGUCUUCCUCAAGCUCUGA